UAGGCAUUAGGCUUUUAUUUUGUACAAGCUUUUAUUUUGAAAUGGUUUCCUGCCUUAGGAGUUCCAGGCGUUAGUUUCCUGUUAGUGGUUAGAGGAAAAUGGUGGAAUCCAUCAACAUGCUUUCGUCAUCCAUUGCAAUCCACAUCGUAAAUGCUGCAGAGGCAAUGUCUUUUCACUCUUCUGUCUGUGACAUGAUAUAAAGAGCCACAGUAAACAGCUUGAGAAGCUUACUACGACUCAACUCGUCAUUUGCAGAAAGAGUUUAGCUAGUUGAAUAGCUGCGGUUGCUACACCGUAGUGAAGACAACAUAGUGAAAAGACAAAGAAAGCUGGCGUUGUACAUCGUGGUAAGAUGGAUAGCAAACAAAGCGACAGGGAGUCAGUGGCCAGUAAAAGAAGUUCACGGUCUUCAACUUCAUCAGCUGGCUCAGUAACACGUGCUCGUGCUAAAGCGGAGGCAGCUAAAGCACGCGCUACAUUUGCAAACAAAGAAGCUAAAGCUAAGCUAGAAAGAGCUGCAACGGAGGCUAAGCUACAGAAAGAAAAGGCAGAAAAAGAAGCGGAAUAUUACAAAGAGAAAGCAGCAAUCGAGUUCGAAUUGCAGCUAGAGAACGCAAGAAAGGAUGCUGAGCUAGAAGCGCUUGCUAGUUAUCGCGAAGCCGCAGCGGCCGAAGCUGAAGCUGCCGUGUGGGAAGAUGCAAUGGACAAUUUUGUUGUACUGGAUGAAGCAGGCCCAUCAGAGAAGGACAAACUGGAGCGUACAAGUGAAUAUGUCCAGUCUCAAUACGAGCUACACUCAGGUGAAACCCAUCCACGUACCAGGUCACUAAGGCAAGCAGCCAUGAAUGCUAGUUCCCAAGUAUCUCAGCUUCCGACAGAUGAAACCCCUCAAGGAUAUUCUUCCAAUCCUUUCUCUCCAACAUGGCAGCCGCCUGUUAGUCCUAAAGAACCGUCAUAUGCAAAAAAUAUUACCAACCCUGCAUUAGCAAACUAUGGCUCGGAAAAUGUGCAAACACCUUCAGCUAUUAAAGUGGAAAGGCAAGUCCCACGAAAGGAGACUGACCAUCAGACAAACAUAAACAUGCGUACCACUUCCUCAGACAACUCUCCUCAGCCUUCCUUUCCACGCUACAUAUCAACAGCUAGCCAUGGUGCACCCGGAGCGGAACAUCUAGCACAGUUCUUGGCUCGUCGCGACCUGGUGAGUUCAAGUUUAUAUAAAUUUGAUGAUAACCCAGAAAACUAUCGAGCCUGGCAUUCAUCAUACAUAAACGCCACUCAAGGGCUAGGCCUCACAGCCACGGAGGAGCUAGACUUAAUGACUAAGUGGCUCGGUAGAGAAUCCAGCGACCAAGUCAGACGUCUCCGUUCAGUGCACGCGACGAAUCCUGUCGUAGCACUCAGAAGGGCCUGGGAACGUCUCCAGGAAUGUUAUGCAGCACCCGAAGUCAUCGAAAGGUCCCUUUUCAACCGGCUCGAUCAUUUCCCAAGGCUUUCAGGGAAAGAACACACAAAGCUACGAGAACUAGCCGACCUGUUAAUGGAGGUGCAGGGAGCCAAGGAGGACGGCUACCUCCCAGGCCUGUCUUACCUGGACACCGCAAGAGGGAUCGAACCCAUAGUUGCAAAACUGCCUUAUGGUCUUCAAGAAAGAUGGGUAUCCGCCGGUUCAAAGCACAAGGAUGAAAAUAAUGGACGAUUUCCCCCAUUCGAGUUCUUUGCAAGUUUUGUACACCACGAGGCACGGAAAAGGAAUGACCCUAGCUUUGCCAUUCAAGGUACUAGCGGCUUAGCUGCGAAGCCUGAAAGGCCCUCCUUUAGAAGUAACCAAACCCCUAUAUCAGUUCACAAGACGGAUAUAGCCUCAACACACUCAAACGACCUAAAAGGAACCGGCGAUCCAAACAAAACCUGUCCAAUACAUGGUAAACCCCACCCACUCAGACGAUGCAAAGCCUUCAGAGCCAAACACCUAGAGGAAAGGAAAAGCUUUCUCAAGGCAAAGGGAAUCUGCUUCAAAUGCUGCAGUUCAACUACGCACUUGGCAAGAGACUGUCCAACUACAGUCAAGUGUAUAGAGUGUGAUAGUACCUACCACGACGCUGCUAUGCAUCCGGGUCCUGCACUUCAAGACGGGGCUCCCUCAACCUCACCACACAACGGCGGGGAGAGAGAAGAGAGCAGUGACACUAAAGCCGUCGUCAGCGCAAGCUGCACCGAAGUUUGUGGAGCACGACAAGUCGGCAAGUCAUGUUCCAAGAUUUACUUAGUGAAAGUAUACCACAAACGUCAACCAGACAAAGCCAUCAAGGCCUACGCCAUAUUGGACGACCAAAGCAACCGAUCGUUAGCAAGGUCUACUUUCUUCGAGCUCUUCGACAUCAAGUGCGAACCAUAUUCCUAUUCUUUGAGGACGUGUUCCGGCACAACAGAAACAUCCGGACGUAGGGCUGAAGAGUUUGUGGUGGAGUCACUCGACAGCAGGGUCACAAUCCCUCUACCACCCCUCAUCGAGUGCAACGACAUUCUUGACAAUCGGUAG